ACAUGUCUUACAGUGCAAACUGCACAGUGUUUUGAUAUGUUUUCAAAGCUCCCCCUGCUUUGUUGCAUCAGUUAGCUUCAUUUUCUGAUCCUCAGUCAUUUACUUGGAGGAGCCAAUGGUUGCUGAGUGUCAUGGAGGGGCCAGGGUAUGGCUUUGUUUGGCUGAGGCCCCACACAGAAUUGUCUUAUCCGCACCGAAAAACAACCAUGAAAAGUAGCAAGUACAAUAGCGUCACCGGGUCGCGACGGCAUGAGGCAGUGACGAAUGCCAACAUCACACUACGCUGCUAUGGGUUCAUUAAGUUCACCUCCAGCAUCCAUAUUAUUAAUCAACAUAGGCUGUCACUGUCCACUCACUGUCUGAGAUCAGUGACAGCUGGGAACCUGUCAUUCGUGACGUUCGUACGUCACUCUUGUGAGCGCGCUUUGUGAGAAUGCUAGAGUCUAGAAGCUAUCUGGCUGUUGCAGCAAGUAGGCUAGCUUUCAGUUGUAUUCAGUUAGCUUUACUCAGCUAGGAAAUUGUAUCAUGGAUAGAUUUAUUUUCCAUCACCGUCGGACAGAAGAAGAAAUGCAGGUGGCGGUCGCGACCGGAGGGCGUUUGGACAAAGUCACGUUCACUACCCGGUCUGACACUUCAUUGACACCGGCGGGGGACCCAGCCACUCCCACCUGCCAGGCUCGGGCGGACGAAAACGAGGACGAGUUAGUAGAGGAGGAGAUGUAGCAACAGUUGGAGGAGCAGGGAAGGGACUGGCACGGCCAGCCACCGCCAGUGAUGGCGGUCACUAGCCAUGAUGCUAAUGCUACCACUGACAUUAACCAACGACCUGGAGAUGGACCUCGGCACCCAAUCAGGAAAAAGUACCCCUCGUGGCUAAUAAGUAAUCGGCAGUGAUUUUUUAAUGCUGCCUGCUUUGACACAUCUAGCUGGCUUGAAUAUUCGGUUGAGAUGGAAGCAACUUUUUGCUUCGUCUACCGCCAUUUUGGGUGGCACCGGGCAGCGGUUCCAUUCAGAGCCGGCCUUCACAAAUGGAUAUAAGAAUUGGCAAAACGCAACCGCAGCUUUUAAAAGACACAACGGACAAUUAUUCUUGUUAGACUUGUGGGUGAAAUGAGAAGACGUUUCCGGGGGUGUUUUACCAGGAGUCUCGGCGUUCAGCCCCAAACAUGCGGCUUUCCGAGACAAAAUAUGUCUGCAGUCAAUGGUGCAGUUCUGGAGUGUCUGAGGAAAACCUGACAGCAGAGCUACACCAAGUUCAGCGUCUGUUGGAAAGAAAGAAACUACAGGGACAUGUAGGGAAUGACACGGUGGGAUUUCUCGCUUUAAUGCGAACUUACCUGGAUGCUUUUAUGGACUUAUACAGACUCGUCUGUAUUUCACUUACCCUGCCUGUGACUUCUGCUUCCUGCGAGCGCAGUUUCUCCUGCCUCCGUCGUAUUAAGAACUAUCAACGGAACAGCAGCGGUGAUGCCCGAAGCAGCAACAAACGACAAAGUCUUUGGACGUCCAGCGCAUCAUUGACACGUUUGCCUCCAAUCACAACAACUGGUCGAUUGUACUCCUUUUGGAAACUUCAAUGGAGACAAACAGCAGCCAGAAAGAAGGGAACCGGAAAGCCACUGCAGUAACGCAGAAAUCAAAUACUACUCUGUGCUUCACAAUGGGAGUGGAAUUGCAUCUUCCAGCAGUUGCCAGCACCUUGCUCCCUGUGACCCUCUGCAUUUUGACCCUUCUGCCUCACAGCCUUCUGGGUAAGCCUGCAGAGGAGGACAACGCAGGCAGCUCAGCACUGCUCCAGAGGGUGAAACGAGGCUGGGUGUGGAACCAGUUCUUUGUCCUGGAGGAGUACACUGGACUGGAACCACUUUAUAUUGGAAAGCUUCACUCAGACAUGGAUAAAGGCGACGGCUCCAUUAAGUACAUCCUGACGGGCGAGGGAGCUGGCACCACCUUCACCAUUGAUGACGGCACGGGGGACAUCCACGCCAUCCAGAGGCUCGACCGGGAGGUGAAGGCCCAGUACAUCCUCCGCGCCCAGGCCCGCAACCGCCUGACGGACAGGCCUCUGGAGCCUGAGUCCGAGUUCAUCGUCAAGAUCCAGGACAUCAACGACAACGAGCCGAAGUUCCUUGACGGACCCUACCAGGCAACCGUACCUGAAAUGUCCAAAAUAGGAACAUCUGUGAUCCAGCUGACCGCCACAGAUGCGGACGACCCCACGUAUGGCAACAGUGCUCGCGUGGUUUACAGCAUCCUGGAGGGCCAGCCUUACUUCUCAGUGGACGCUAAGAGCGGCGUGGUCCGUGUGUCCCUGGCAGACAUGGACCGGGAGACCAGAGAAAACUACACUGUGGUCAUCCAGGCCAAGGACAUGGGCGGGCAGCUGGGGGGGCUCGCCGGCACCACCACCAUCAACAUCACGCUCAGCGACAUAAACGACAACCCGCCCAUGUUUGACCAGAGGUUGUAUCAGAUGAGCAUCCCAGAGUCUGCUCCAGUGGGUUCAGUGGUGGGUCGCAUCUGGGCGAAGGACAGGGACAUCGGGGUCAACGCUGAGAUGAAGUACAGUAUCAUUGAUGGAGAUGGAAGAGACACCUUUGACAUCAGCACUGACCCCACCAACCUUUUUGGCAUCAUCAUGGUGAAAAAGCCGCUGAACUUUGAGAACAAACCCAGUUACACUCUGAAGGUGGAGGGCGCCAACACCCACCUGGACCCGGCCUUUCGCCAACGUGUGCCCUUCAAGGACGUCACCAUCGUGCACGUAAGCGUGGAGGACGUGGACGAGCCGCCACUGUUCGACUUGCCAGCGUACUAUAUCGAGCUUCCGGAGGACGCAGAGAUCGGGACCUUGGUGAAGACGGUGAGGGCGAGGGAUCCCGAUGCCGCCAACAACACUGUGAGGUAUUCCAUCGAGAGUUCCAGCGACCCCGAGAAGUACUUCUACAUCGAGCCCACUUCCGGGUCGCUGAUGACGGUGCGUUUCCUGGACCGAGAGGAGAUCGGCUGGCACAACAUCACUGUCCUUUCUAUGGAAAUGAAUAACCCAACACAGAUCUCAAGUGUGUCCUUGGCUGUGAAGGUCAUGGAUGUGAAUGAUAAUCCUCCCUUGCUGACACACUACUUGGAGGCUUAUGUGUGUGAAAACGCCAAAGCUGGGCAGCUGAUCCAGACAGUGACGGCGGUGGAUCCAGAUGAGCCGCUGGGUGGACAGCACUUCUACUACAGCUUGGCUCCAGAGGCUGCGAACAACCCCAACUUCACCCUGAGAGACAACCAAGACAACACAGCGUGGAUCCUGACUCGGCGUGGAGGCUGGACACAGCAGGACCAGACCGUGUUCUACUUGCCUAUCUUUAUCUCUGACGGCGAGCCGCCGGUCCAGACCAGCACCAGCACGCUGACCAUCCGAGUGUGCAGCUGUGACCAUGAGGGCAACGUCAUGUCAUGCAACGCCGAGGCCUACAGCCUGCCUGCCAGCCUCAGCAGAGGAGCCCUCAUCGCCAUCCUGGCCUGUAUCUUCGUCCUGCUGGUGAUGAUUCUGCUCAUGCUUUCCCUGCGGACUCAUCGUAAGAAGCCCUACCUGUGUGAUGAGGAGGAGAAUGUCCAUGAGAACAUUGUGCGCUACGAUGAUGAAGGCGGUGGCGAGGAGGACACCGAGGCCUUCGACAUUGCCGCCAUGUGGAACCCACGUGAGGCGCACCACCACCUGGGUAAGAUGAGACAGGACAUGCUGCCGGAGAUUGAAAGCUUGUCGCGCUACGUCCCUCAAGCGUGCGUAAUGGGUGGCGGCGGGGACAGUAACGUUCACGGAUACGUGCUGGCGAAGCUCCUGGAGGCUGACAUGGACCCGUGCGCCCCGCCUUACGACUCCCUGCAGACCUACGCCUACGAGGGGGAAGGUUCGGUGGCUGAGUCGCUCAGCUCGCUCCAGUCGGGAACCUCCAACACUGACCACGAGUACGACUAUCUCAAUGAGUGGGGGCCUCGUUUCAAAAAGCUCGCUGAGAUGUACGGCGUGCUGGAGACAAACAGUGCUCCAAUGUGGUAGACCUCCUGAACCUUUGCCUUUUUAUUCUUAAACACACUACAGCAACAAAAAGAGAAAAAGAGAGACAAAAACACAUCAGAGAAGUGACAUAAACAGACAAACCGUGUGUGAGGAAGACACAAUAAAGCCAAGAUCUGCUUACGUCCGCAUCCAUGACUGUUAGCACUUGAAUUCCUGCCGAAGCUUCGAUUCUCCACAGCUUUGGAGGCCUGAGAUGCCCGCAGCAGCAGCAGCAGCAGCAGCAGCAGCAGCAGCAGCAGCAGCAGCAGCAGCAGCAGUAGCAGCAAUGUGAGCUGGUUUUUAAAUCUCCCCCAGAGGUGGGGCUUCAGAGACGGGCUGGAUUGGUAGCCUCAUGGGGCCCCACAAAGGAACGGCUUCAAAGCACAUGUUAACUCCCCCGCCUGACCCAGCCACAGGCAGAGCCCCUUUGGUUCAAAGUGUUGAGCGAUUUAUGCCAGAGAUGAAAACGAGAGAGCGGGGCUACCUUACUCACAGCAGCACAGGAGACGAACUCUGAAAUGCUGAUCCACUGUUCUGAGUUUGUGCUUUUAUAUACACUGACGGACCACGAAGUGAGUGAGGAGUCAUUGCUGCAAUCGGGGGUGUGUUGUUGUUUUUUUUUUUUUUGUUUUUGUUUCAUCUGUGGCAGGUCUUAAUUUAUUUCUUUGUUUCAUGUGCUGUAUUUAUAUUUUUGCUAAAUUAUUUGGGUACUUUAAAACCGACACUGUACUUAAACUGCCGCUCCGUGAGGAAAUCUUUAAAGAUCACAUAUUUGUUGUAACAUACAUGAUGUAACUGCCCUUGUUUUCAGUCUAUGUGAGAAUAAAAAAAAAAUGUCCAUGCAUCUCCAAAUGUCAUGUAAUAUGCACAGGAGAUGGUGAUGCUGUAAACCCAUGUGGGUUUUCCAGGUUGAGAUGUUUAUUGUAUUAUUGUUUUUGUAUCAUUUGUAGCUCUUUGUAUUGUAACUGUGUUUUUUUUGUUUUGUUUUGUUUUUUUGUCCCAAAAACGCAAAGCAGUUACACAUUCAUGAGCAGAAGAGGGAAGUCAUUUUUAAAAAAUCUUUUGAUGGAACUGGACAUAUCUCAGCAGACGGUCACACUUUACACAAGAUGCAUCCCUGUACCUGGAUGUGCACAUGACCGCUUCGCCUUUCAUUUCGGAUCCACCGCCGUGCCAACAAGAGUCCGACAGCAGCAAGGCUUGAUCUGUCCUGUUAGAGAUACUGUGUUGUUUCUCUGCCACCACACAAAUGUGGCUUAUUCCUCCAAUCCUGUGGACUACAGAGACACUGAUAAUCUGCAUUAAGUGCCAAAUGUAAAAAGGACAAAAAAGACAUUUUGGGAGAAAAAAAACAAACAAAAAAUGAUAAAACACAAACACCAAAAGACAACAAAGGAUUUUCCGAACUGGGAGAGAAUUGAUGGUACAUUUUGAUAAUUCGAUUGGGUGGAGUUUACUUGAAAUCUAUGUGGUCAGUCAUGCUACAGUAAGUGGUAUGUGAAUGUAGAUAUUUUUUUGUAUUCUUGGUAAUAAAAAGUUCAAAAAUGA